AUGAUGGUUGGAUUUUCUUCAGACACAACAAAUGCCAUGGCUGGAAAAUUUCAUUCUGUUUUCACAAAUUUAAAAACUGCUAUACCAGGUAUUGCUUGUAUUAAAUGUUCUUGUCAUAUGAUUCAUCUGUCUGCAUCCAAGGCGUGUCUAAAACUACCACGAUCUAUUGAAGAUUUAUUGCGCAACGUAGGCUCUCAUUUUAGUAGGAGUCAUUCUCGCCAAACCAAAUACAAAGCCUUUCAAGAAUUUUUUCAAGUGGAAAUACAUAAAAUAUUGUCACCCUGUACAACUCGCUGGCUGUCACUAAAAGCAUGUGUUGAUAGAGUAUUAGAACAAUUUUCUGCUCUCAAAGAAUAUUUUAGACUGGUUAAUUUUGAUGAUCCCUCCAAAACAUCAGAAUUAAUUUAUAGUACUAUGGAAAACUCAUUUAGUAUAAUAUAUCUGGAAUUCAUGUCUUAUUCACUUGGUAUCCUGACAAAUUUCAACACUUUGUUUCAAGGUGAAGGGCCUUUACUACAUUUACUAAAACCUGAAAUUGAAAAGUUGUUGAAAACAAUAAGUAUGAAUUUUAUGACUAUUGAGUAUAUAAGAAGCCUUGACUCAAUCAUGAACGUUGCGCCUAAUCUGUCACAAUAUUAUCUUCCUUUUAACGACAUUUAUAUAGGUAUAUGUGCAACUGAUUCGAUAACAAAUUUAAAAAAUAAUAACGUUGUUAACUCUAAUGAAAUAUUUAAGUUUUUUAAGUCAUGCCAAGAAUUCUAUAUAGCACUUGUAUUGGACAUAAAAAAAAGAUUUAUAUUUGACGACUCUGUGUUUGAUUGUGUAACCGUAACUAAUCCGUCUUUAGUAAAACAAUUCAAAACAAAAUCUUUAGCUAAUAUAUUAAAAAGAUUCCCAGUAUUAAAUAAUUUCAUAGACAAUGAACAAGAAUUGGACAAGGAAUGGAGGGAACUAGCACUCAUAGAAUUAGAACCAAUAGAACCAUCAAAUCCAAACGAUAUUAUGGAAUACUGGAGGAAAGUAUUUUGUAUGAAAAACUCUUUAGGUGAGAUAUAUUUUCCAAACAUACUUAUCGUAAUGAGACUCCUACUGGCUUUACCAUUUUCCAAUGCAUCAGUUGAACGUUUAUUCAGUGAUCUUAAAAACAUAAAAACUCUGCAUCGCAAUAAACUUAAAACAGAUUCAUUGGUGGGGAUUCUUAGGACAAAACAUUCCGUUGAAGACUGUAUUAAUUUUAAGCCUUCAGCUGCAAUGAUUAAAAGCAAGAUAUGGGACUCCUCUAACACUAAAGAGAACUAA